AUGGCAGACCCUCUGUCCAUCACAGCCAGCGUGCUAACGCUCAUCCAAGUUUCUGUGCAGGUAACCGUCCUUCUAAAGCAGUUUCGCGAAGAGGUUAGCGUCGUGGAUGCGACACUCUUGGGCCUUCUCAGCGAUGUGGGUGGAUUUCAGCAGGUCCUCGAGUCCAUGAUAGAGACCUUCGAACAAGACGACAUCAAAUCGAACCUACAGGUGACGGGACAUGUUGGGAGCCAUUGGAAGAACCUGGCGCGAUCGCUUGAUGAUUGCGCAAGCACUUUGCGACAACUGCACACGCUUCUGGACGGCACCAACAAGAAGACAUCGAUUCUAGACGCGCCGAGGAAGCAGCUUAGGUUCAAGAGUGCUAUCGAACAGAUUGCGACUUAUCGGGAGCAGAUCCAAUCUUAUCGUGCAGCCCUUCAAUUGUCUCUGAGUACCAUUAUUCUUUGGAACCAGGUAACUUUCCAAAAGUCGACUGAAAAAAUCCCGGAGAAGAUUGUCCCGACCCUGGACAAAAUCUACGAUGAAUUCCGUACCUUUGGUGCACUUUUGAACGCGAAAAUUGAGAAACUUCAAAGCGCUGUGUUGAAUCAGAGCGAAGAUCAAGAUGAGGUUGAACUCAAAAACAUGAACAACCUGAGGGAGUGCGUCCGCUCAGCGGCAGACGUCGUUUCCACAGCAUCUACAACAUUGAACGCAGAAGUUAGUGACAAAGUUUCUGUCAGACAGGGGUCUGAUUUUGGAGACGUAUUUGUCAGGGAUGCCAACGAGCCCAUGCUCCGCUGGAUGUCAUCAAACACAGUGUACGAAUAUGAGGACAUGGAAGUAUCCUUUCCCGACCCUUCGGAGGCUAGCACGGGCGACACGCCCACUGAGUACCACUCUGACAGCGAUUCCGACAUCGAAAACGAGAUGAUCAGAUCGCUAUUCAACGAAGGCAAGAAACGCAAGGAUCAAGGCGAUUUGGCGGGUGCGGUUCGACAUUUUCGCAAUUGCGUAACCAGAUUCUCAUCAAACGCCAGCUACGCUUCCCUCACGUCACUCCAGAGUGUAUCAACUUGUGGGGUGUCCAAGGCAGAACUUCUCGAACAGCUUACGGAUUCCUAUUGUCUAUUGGGAUCCUGGAGCAAAGCGAAAUCGACAAUGGCAGAGAAACUCUCCAUCACCGAACGUCAAGUGGGCAAGAAAGAUGAACUGUACUUGUGGGACACGAUGAAAUUGGCCGAACUCAUGAUGAAGAACAAGGAGUACAUGGAAGCGCAUUUACAAGGGCGAAGGUCUCUACGGGGCUUUAAGAAGCUU